AACACUGACUACGCCAUGGAGCACGGCGCCACCCGAAAUUUCCAGGCGGAGAAACUCAUCGAGGAGGAGGAGAAGCGAAUCCAGCAGGAGCGAGAGGACGAGGAGCUCAACAACCCCAUGAAGGUGCUGGAGAACCGCACCCGGGAUUCCAAGAUGGAAAUGGAGGUGCUGGAGAACCUCCAGGAGCUAAAGGAUCUGAACCAGAGACAGGCCCAGGUGGACUUUGAGGGGAUGCUCGGCCAGUACCGAGAACUGGAGAAGAGAGAAAGGGAGCGUGAGAAAGAAGAAGACGAGCAGGAGACCAAGUAAUUGGACAUGACAGUAGAUAUU